GUGGCAGCACGGAGAAAGCACGUGUCUUUCGAAGCGGCAAGAUGGCGGAGCUACCGGCAGCCGAGCUCCGGAAGGCGAUUGCAGAGAUCCUCGACGGAGCAGACCUGGACGUCCUGUCGUCCAAGAAAAUACGAAAGCAGUUGGAACAAAAAUACGGCAUUGACUUUACCGACCGGAAAAAGGAGAUUGAUGGCAUUGUCAUGGCACUCAUCAGCGAACAGGCCAAAGCAAAGCCGGAGCCAAAAGAGGAGAACGGGGAUGCCGGCGGCAACACAUCUGCUGGAUCGUCCCAUGACGAUAACGACGACGGCGGCGGUAAGGAUGACGCAGAACUUGCCCGUCAGCUUCAAGACGAAGAGUUCAGGAGCCGGAGUCGCGCAGUCAAGAAGUCGCGGACUGUCAAGAAAGAGCCAAAGAGUGCCAAGAAAGAGGCCAAGCCCAAGGGAACCAAGAGAGAAACUGCAUACUCAAGGAAGUGUGCCCUGUCUCCUGAACUGGCUGCUGUCAUGGGAUCAGACCAGAUGGCGAGGCAUGACGUGGUGAAGAGAAUGUGGGGCAUAUUCCGGGAGAGGGAGCUUAUUGACCCAUCGAACAAACGGUUUGGUAUCUGUGAUCCGGAGCUUCUCAGGGUUUUUGGUCAAAAGCGUGUUCGGAUUUUCGGGAUGAUGAAGUACCUGAAGAAUCACAUCAAAGACGUCAAGUGACCGUUUUUCGGAAUGUUGCAGGCGUGCCUCCACUAGUAAACCUCCCUUUCCCCUCUCUCUUUGUUUUCUCCACAAGGGUGUGUACCUUCGAGUAUUUAUCACACAUUUGUGAAGUGUGUGUGUGUGCACGUGGCAGCUGAAGGGACGAUUGUGAUGAUGAAUAGCUGGAAGGAGAACCCCCUCUUCAUGUCCUGGGCUUUGUUUCUUUAUGGGGUAUACAUUUUCCAGACCAUCACUGCAGUCUUGUUAAUAUUAAUCACCUCUCAUAAUCACGUGUCAAAUGUAGCUCUGCACAGAGGUAACACCGUUUUUGUUUUUGUGCCUCUCAAUUUUGACGACUGGCGCACGUUUAGGCACUUCCAGGCCCUGCAUAGAAUUUUAGUUUCUUGAAUUAUGCCGGCGGUGCUGCCUUCACUCGAUUGUGCCCAGGUUUGUGUAGGAGUUUGUCUUAAUUUUUUUUUAGUAAUGUUACAUUAAACUGUUCUGGAAAGAGACAGUCCCGACUCGAAAGUUAUUGCACUUGUAUUGGUGUAUAAUAGUGUGAAUAUUUCCAAUACUUACAGUGUCAGCCAUCCAUCAUCUGAAGUGUAAUAAACCAUGGCCUUGUGAUAAUGGUCUGGCUCAAUGCCACGA